AAGGAACUUGUUAAAAAGUUUGUUGAGGUUUGCCAUGGAUUGCCGCUGUCUCUCAAGGUAUUUGGGGGACAAUUAUAUGGGAAGUCCCAUAAACAAUAUUGGGAAUCUCUUUUCCAUAAGAUCUCAAGAAUAUUGCCUACUGAUAUCAAAGAGAAACUGAAAGUAAGUUAUGAUGUUCUUGAUGAUGAAGAGAAAGAGGCAUUCCUUGAUAUUGCAUGUUUUUUUAUUGGAGAAAGGAAUAGUUUGGCGAUUGAAGUUUGGAAUGGGUUAGGGUGGAGCGGUCUGCACAGUUGGGAAAGACUUCUAAAUAAAUGUUUGGUUGAGAUUGAUGAUAAGAAUCUCAUAAGAAUGCAUGAUCACUUAAGAGAUUUGGGAAGAGAGAUCGCUAAUCAACAUUCACCUUACCGACUUUGGUCACCUCAACAUAUUAUGAAUGCCAACAAAGAGAUAAAGGUGAGGUUGAUACUUUCUUUUAUUGUUGAAUAACCAAUAGAAAGAAAAAAUAUCUUCUGUUUAUUGAUCUUACAUGUUAAACAACUUUUAGAAAAUGCAAUCUUGCUACCUCUUUUGAAAACAAAUUAACCUAACAUUUUUAUUUUAUUUUUUCAGGAAAGAAAUGACAUUCGAUGAAUUAAGACUGUCCCAACAAUAAUAAGAGUCCUUAGUUCAUAUAAAGUAUGUAUAUUUUCUUUUCCUCUACAUGGUUCUCUACUAGUUUUAAUUUUUAUAAGUUUUCUUCAUUCUGUGGUUUUUUUAAAUAUUUCAUAUUUUCCCUAUUCAGCACUCGAAGUCCUUUUGAAUAAUGUAAGAAAGAGGUAAUUUAAUUACUGAUUUUGAUGAGUUUCGUGGUUGUAGAAUAAACUUUUCAUAAUGAAAGGAGACUAUUUUGAAUCAAGUGGAGAAACUUUUGUACCCGCACCCUCUUUAGUUGGCCUAAAGCUUUUAGUGAUUAGAGGAGAUUGUUUUAAUCAAGUAAUUGGUGAAGUGUCAAGAGAGCUGGUCUGGCUUCGCUGGUGGGAUAUUGGACAGAGAAAUCUUCCGACACAACUUCCAUUGGAAAAUUUGAGAGUUUUAGAAAUAUCUGAAGAAUUUGCAGGUGAAAAUCGGCUAGAAGAGCUGUGGGAAUCUGAAAGCAAUGCUCCUGUGCAGUUAAGAGAGUUAGAUAUUUCCCAUUGCUAUAAUUUUCAAAGACUUCCAAACUCAAUAGGGUGUCUCCAUGAGUUGAAAAAGGUUGUCAUCAGAUAUAGCGACAAUGUUAGGAGUCUGCCAGAAAAAUUUUGCUGUCUGCAAUUGUUGGAGCACCUCGAAUUACCGUACUGUGUAAUGCUAUCUUCACUACCCAGCAGUUUUGGCAAUUUGAGAAAUCUGCGGUAUCUAGAUUUGUCCUGGUGCAAAAGCUUGAGGAGUUUACCAGUUUCCUUUAAGAACUUGAUGCUCCUGCAAUAUCUAAAUUUAGGGGGUUGUAAAGAGCUCAUACUUACAUCAGAUGCUUUCCAAAACAUUACAAAGCUGGAGUUUUUAAGCCUUGCUCACUGCGAGCAAGUGGAAGAGUUGCCUCGUCGCAUCACAAAUCAGGCGUCCUUGACAGAGCUCUACUUAGAUGGUGUGCACAGUUUAAGAGAGAUACCAGUGAAAAUCGGUCAACUAGGCAGGUUGCGAGAGAUGAAGAUAGGGAGUGGCUCGUUGAUGAUUUUGCCAAACUCUCAUGGAGAUUUGUCCUCCUUGACCAAUCUUUCGAUCCAGGCUUGUUCCAAGCUGGAAUCUUUGCCGAUCUCUAUUGGAGAUUUGUUCUCCUUGACUGAUCUUGCAAUUUGUGGUUGUCCAAGGUUGGAAUGUUUACCAUCCUCUAUGGGGUAUCUUAAUCUGUUAGAGAAUUUAACAAUAACCAUGUGCCCAAUCAGCAAAGUAGAUUUUGGGGCGGGGUCUUUAUUGCUUGCAUUGAACAACCUGAAGCAGAUGGAACUACAGCAUACACAAGUGUGCAGGAUUUCUAUUUCUGAAAGCCGUUACCCCCGCCUUGAGAUCCUUCGUCUUUAUUAUAAUAAUCAUUUAAAGGAGAUCGAAGCACUGCCGGGAAGCCUUCAAUGUCUGAGCAUUAGCGGUUGUCUAAAGUUGGAGGAGCUUCCGAGCUUUACACAAUUAACUUCCCUCAGAGAUUUUGACUUAAGCGGUUGUGACCGAAUUGUGAAAAUCGGAGGUUUAAAAUAUUGCACAAGAUUGGAAACAUUGAGUAUAAAGACCUGCUGGGAGUUGCGGGGGAUUGAAAGUUUGGAGCAGAUGGAGAGAUUGAGGAGGGUGGAAAUCGGAGCAAACAAGGGAUCAGUUAUUGAAAGUUGCAUUCAAACCAUACAGAAAUGGCCAGAUGAAAUAAUAAUAUAUACGCGGGCGGUCCCUGAUGCGUCCUCACUUGUGGAUUCCUUACUACUCUCUCCGAAUUUCUCAGUCGUUGACGACUUCUCUAGUGAGAAUAUUUUAUCCCAACCAAUGAAACUGCUGCAGAAGCAUUCCCCCAAUGGCAAUGCCAUUAUGCUCUGUUUUGUUAUAAAUUACGUUUCUUCCUCACAAAUGUCAAUUUCUUUACAACAGCCUUAUCUAAUAGACAAUAUGUCUCGAACCAUAUCUUCAAUGGAGAUAGAUGAGGGUAGAUGGGCAUUGGUAGCUAUCUUCACACAACGUUCCAGAUGGCUCACUGCAAAUGGUGCAUUCCAGAUCUUAGCUUAUCGGGCAGGAAGAGAAGAGGAAGGAGUAAAAGUGGAGGUAGAGAGAGGUUUUGCUGUGAUAGGGGAAGAACAAAGACUAGUGGAGGCAUUAUUGCCACUUAUACAAAGCAUUUGUAGGUAAAAUCUUGAAUAAAUGUUUUGAAUACAUUAUCCAUUACUUGAA